AUGGUCCUCGGAAGAAAGACUCGGCAUCACCCAGGUGGUACAACAGUCACCACUACCACUACAACAACUCACCAUCCGGGCUCGACAGGUGCGACUGCAAGAGGCAGAGCCGUGGGCAUCAAGCAAACGCUCAUGCAACGUCUUCGCGGCAGAACAACGCCUCGCGCGACAGCCACCACCCCCCAACCAGCUCGGAGAAGUCGAUUUGGCGGGACUCGGACAAACCGCGCUCCAGUGACUGCCACGCCGCGACGCAAGACAAGUAUAAGCGACAAGGUCUCAGGCGCCAUGCUCAAGCUCCGCGGCACAUUGACUAGUCGCUCCGGACAAAAGGCAGCGGGAAGCAGGCGCAUGCACGGGACCGAUGGGAGGGGAACCAGAAGAUAUUACUAG